CUCCAGGACGAGGACUAUCCCUAUGUCUACCUCCUCACUUCCCCUAAAGUGUGGGGCCAUAUUUUCAAUCCAGUCUCGUUCUGGUAUUUGUACUCAACCAAGAAGCAAUUGGUUGCCACGAUCCUCGAGGUGAACAACAACUUUGGCGAGCGGCGUAUGUACCUGUUGAGAUCACUGCCUGGGAUAUCAGAUGACUAUAGCUCUGCCGAUCAUGUCGAUCUAAAUCGCUCCAGAUCACCGCAUCGGUUCACCAGCAGAUGGCCAAAAGAUUUCCAUGUCUCGCCAUUUAACCCCAGGGAAGGCAUGGUGUAUACCCUGGACACCGCUGAUCCAUUACUGCUGUGCGCUCAGGGAUGUGAGCAGCCGAUCGAUAGCAGAAUCGUGCUGAUUUCCUCACAUGGCCAAGCCCAACUCGUUGCCAGCAUACGCUCCGCGGGACCAGCGGUUCGACCCGCAGCUCUCAGCACCUACGGGAAAUACAAGCUCAUUCUAUCAUGGGGCUGGGUUGGGAUCAUUACGGAGCCUCGCAUUUUCUUCCAGGCUGCCCGUCUGCAUCUGCAACACAGACUGAAGGUCUGGUAUAUUCCAGAGCCGCUUGAGAAAACAAUAUGUCGCCGUGCCAGCGCAAUAGAACGGUAUUUUGGAACUGUUUUUCGGGGAUACCUGCGAGACUUGGUGGAAAACUCUGCUAGCUCAGUUACCGUGCGAUAUCAUGCUGCAGGAUUAUCUCGGGAUCAGUCGGUCGAGACGAUGCAAACACCGUCGGCUCGGCGAAUUUCCGACGAACCAGCCGACAAAAUGGUGGAGAUUCGGGUUUUGCGGCCGGACUUUUACACCUCCUUCGUGCAGAGUCGGGGUUUGCAUGCUGAAGCCGUCGUGAGUGCGUUGGCAGACAAUAGUCUGCUGCGAGUGUCUCGCAUGGACCUGUUUUACGGGAUCAUCAGUGCAGGAGAAUUCACUAGAAAGGUCCAGUUAUUUCUUCCGGAUCGUGUUCUUUAUCAAGUGAUUGACUGGUUCCGAAAGGGGCGACACGCAGCAAACGCCGGGCCUUUAUCUGCAAUGGAUCACUACGUACUAGCAUGCUGCAGGCGGGAUGAACAAAGAGAGUACCGGAAGCAUCUACUGCAGCUUCUUCUCAGUCCAUAUGUUGCAUUUGGGAGCAUUGGCUUUCUCCAAGCUGAAGUCUUCGUUGCUCAGUUGACUCUUUUGUGGGCUCUUCUU